CCCUGUCGAUCGGACGAACCAGAUUACAUCUCAAGAUAUCAUGACAUCUUUAAGAUGUGUGCAGUAUCCUUAUGAUGUGCAAGGCAUCCUUGAGAUAUAAUCUGGUCCGUCCAAUCAACAAGGAGACACGGGGAUAGAGAAAUUUGAGUUCAGAUCCUCUGUUCCCGUGUCCCCUGUCGAUCGGACGGACAGAGAAAUCUAGUCCAUCCUCAUGAUGUGCAAGACAUCCUUAAGAUGUAAUCUUGUCCGACCAAUCAGUAAGGAGAUACGGGGACAGAGAAAUUUAGGGACAGAGGAUCCAAACUCGACAAUUAGGGUUUUACAAGUGAUUCAGGUUCGGUUUAUGCAGGUUUAAACAGGUUUAAUUUCGAACCAAGUCCAAUUUAGACUCUUGGUUUACCAAAUUGAACCUGUUUAUUUUUAGCCAUCGCUCUGGUGGUCCGGAUCGCAAGUGGACCAGGAGAUCUGCUCUCGUUCACCACCCGCACGUCUGCCGACCGCUCUGGCCGGCGCCGCGACCACUGACGGUUGCCCGUCGCAUGGCUGACUUCGACGCACGACCACUCGACGCCCACCGACCGUCGCCUGCCGCCCGCUCGACUUCGAUGAACGCCCUCUCGACGCCCUAUCCGGGAUGCUCGAUCAAAAUUUCUUCCCUUCCCAUGCUACAAUGGUGCGUCCACCGAGUUUUAGGUUAACGGAGAGGAUUUUAAAAAUCUCUCCUUUGGUUAUCCACCGGCUAUACGGUGGAAGGAUUUUCGAAAUCGGAACUCUCCUCUCCACCCGGUGAAUUCCACCGGGUUAAACUCACACCCUAGAGCUCCUCACGGAUUCUUUACCGCAAUCCCUUGUCAAUUUGCAUGGAGAGAAUUAUUCUCUGUCGCCAUCUCGAAGACCUACGUACGCUACGUUCCAAAUGGGAUACGCAGGGAGGCACCACAGAGAGAGAUGCACUCAAUUUGCUUUCGGCCUAGUAGUGUCCUGCGUUGCACUAUUCACCACAAGCUACACCCUCCAUUAUCCUCCCCUCGAUUCCAAGUGCCACGCAGGCAUCAACCGAUAAGUCCCAAUCGUUCACCUUCACAAAUAUGGUUGGCUGGUUGCUUCCCAUCCAUCAUUGUUGGGUUGGUUGAUGAGCCUGGUGCUGGAGGGAGGUUAUGGAGGCUUCGGAGCAUUCCGAGGCACUGGAAUACACGCCGACAUGGAUUCUGGCUGCAGUCUGCACCGCUAUUGUCUUUAUCUCUCUGCUCGCUGAGCGCGGUCUCCAUUUCCUCGGAAAGAUUUUGAAGCAUAAUCAGCAGAAUGCAUUGUAUGAGGCUUUACAAAAGCUAAAAGAAGAGUUGAUGCUCCUUGGGUUUAUAUCCCUUUUGUUAACAGUCUUUCAAAGGACCAUUAACCACAUAUGUGUUCCAAAAAGCUAUUUCUUCCACAUGCUUCCAUGUAACGAAAAAUCUUUUUCCCAUAAUGGGAAGGUUCAUCAUGAUAAGGGCGUGAACCAUCAAAUAACCCAGAAACAUAGGAAGCUUUUGUCUGAGAAUGAGGAUACUGAUAUUUGCCUGAGUAAGGGCAAAAUUCCACUUUUGUCGAUUGAGGCAUUAGAACAGCUGCACAUCUUUAUAUUUGUGCUAGCAGUUGUCCAUGUUGUGUUCUGUGCAACUACCAUGAUUCUAGGAGGAGCAAAGAUCAGAAAAUGGAAACACUGGGAAAAUGAUAUCAGGAAGCAGCAGCUCAAGAAAGAAAAUCUCUCUAUAGAUGAACAUGAUACACAUGCCAGUCACCAUCAUGAGUUUGUGAUGAAGCGUGCAAUAGGGCUUUGGCAAAAGUCAAUUAUCGUAAGCUGGACAAUGUCAUUCUUCAAGCAGUUUCAUGCCUCUGUCACCAAAUCAGAUUACAGAGCAUUGAGAUCAGGUUUUAUAAUGAGACAUUGCAGUACAAACCAAAGAUUUGAUUUUCACAAAUAUAUGUUACGCACUCUUGAGGAUGAUUUCAAGAUGGUUGUUGGUAUAAGCUGGUACUUGUGGCUUUUUGUUGUUAUAUUCCUCUUGCUGAAUGUGAAUGGAUGGCACACUUUUUUUUGGCUGUCUUUCUUGCCACUUGUUCUUCUGCUAGCAGUUGGCACAAAGUUGGAGCAGAUCAUUACAUGCUUGGCUCAAGAAGCUGCAAAGAAGCCUGCAGAUGGUCAUGAGGCACCACAAGUGAAGCCAUCCGACCGCCACUUUUGGUUCGGUAGGCCUGGAAUAGUCCUACAUUUGAUCCAUUUUAUCUUAUUUCAGAAUGCAUUUGGGCUGGCUAUUUUCUUCUGGAUCUUGUGCACCUACGGAUUUAAAUCCUGUAUUAUGGAAAGAACUGGUUACGUCGUCCCCAGACUUGUCAUCAGUGUCGUGAUUCAAGUCCUUUGCAGUUAUAGCACCCUCCCACUGUAUGUCAUUGUUACCCAGAUGGGUGACAUGUUCAAGCAAGCAAUAUUCGACCAGCAAAUGCAAACUACUCUGCAUAAUUGGGCGGAAAACGUCAGGAAGAGAAAAAGAGGAAAGAAUGCUGGUGUUUCAUCCUUGAUGAACGUUUUUACUUCCAAACGCAAAAAAGACGAUGAGGCCGACAGUUCUCAAGGUGCCUAAAUACAAUAUAAGUAGCAUCUGAACAUGCUUUUCCUAUGAUCUAUAUAUAUACAAUUGCAGUUAAGAUUACCAGAUGCAGGUAAAGGACUUAUCACUCUUGCUUGAGUAGUUCUAGUUCAAGAGUGGGGGUCCAAACCUGUUUUGAUGAAUUCAACUUCUACCUUGUCCCUACUUUUGUAUUUUCAUUCACCUAGAGGUGGCUGAUUCGAUCUCAUGAAAGUUUUCAUGUAUCGCCGGAUAAAUUUGGGAAACACAGAUAGGUCACAGGGGCGAUCGAACAUCACAAGUGAUUUGAACACCGCAGGUAUUUAUUUAUAUUAUGUGUAAAUUGAACAUUAAUUACUUGGGAAAUUCGUCUCUC